ACUUUGCUCGACUUUUUGUUGCUUCGUCCACUGCCAACAACACACAAACAACGAUCAUGAGCGACGACCCAGCCACGAAGAAGGCCAAGCUCUCGCACGAAGAGCGCCUGGACCGCCUGACCAAGGCGCAAGAGCGAGGAUGGAAGCUGCAGAAAGACCGCGAUGCCAUUGAGAAGAGCUUCAACUUCAAGGACUUCAGUGAGGCCUGGGCCUUUAUGAGCCGUGUCGCACUCAAGGCCGAGGAGCUGUGCCACCACCCUGAGUGGUUCAACGUGUACAACCGCCUGGACGUGACGCUGAGCACACACGACGUGAGCGGCCUCUCUGCCAAGGACUUUACCAUGGCCGAGUUCAUGGACUCUCUCACGGGCAAGUGAUGAUGUACUCACAGCAACACAGCAAGUUGGCGUCGGCCAGAGGAAGCGUCAUGAGAUGCGUCCAUCGCGCUUGCUUGCUUGCAUGUUCUGUGGGAUGGUGUCUUCUGGCUUGUUGCACUGUGCGCACCAUCACUGCCGCCCUUCCGUUUUGCCGACUCGACUUUCUGUGUCCCUCCAUGUGCGUGCACGCGACCGUUGACGUUGCACCACCUCGUGAGCCAGCACAACACAACACAACCGACAAUUAAACAAGCCAAACCAG